ACGAUAUUAAUGACUCAUGCACUUUUAAAAGAGCAGUAGAAUAAAGUAUUGUAAUGAUGUUGGUUGUGAAUUUCUGCCCUGUUAAAUAAUAACGCAAAAUCAAAAUGAUACGCAUAGUGGAUGUAAUAGAAAAAUUUUGACGCUAACAAUCCCUAGUUAUGCGUAGUCAGGAACUACACGGAUCGAAAUGUUUCUUCGCCCAUAUCACUGCGCUCAGGCACUUCCUUCUGACUCGGAUCCCAUUGGCUCGCCAUGCACCUCCUAUGAUUGCAAGAGAAACUGACACAAGAGAAACAUUUAGCAGAGAGUUCUAUCCAUUGGGAUAAAAAGAGAGAAAAUGAUGCGACACGGAAACCUAAGAGCUUCGCAAGUCUGCCUCAGUAUCCACCACAACAACCUUAUUGGUACGCGUCUGCUAUUGGACAACAAGAAUCGGGACCUUGGGGUCCGUGGACACAAAGUAGUGAAUGCUCGAGAACCUGCGGUGGAGGAAUAGCUUACCAAACUAGGAUAUGCAAGGAUAUCAGAGCCGAUGGAAAAUAUUCCUGUAUAGGUUCCCGGACAAGAUACUUCUUAUGCAAUUUUCAAGAAUGUCCGCCUGGUUCAAAAGACUUCAGAGCUGAACAAUGUGCCAGUUCAAUUUAGUUUUAUUCACAGGAAAGUAUUACAGUUGGCUUCCUUAUUAUAAUGCUCAAAAGCCAUGUGAACUGAAUUGCAUGCCUUCUGACGGAAAUUUCUAUAUCAGGUUGGAUCGGAAGGUGAUAGAUGGCACCAGAUGUCGGAAUAACGGCUCUCUGGAUGUUUGUGUAGAAGGACUGUGUUUGCCUGUUGGAUGUGAUAACAUCUUGGGGUCAAAAACUAAAGAAGAUCACUGUCGAGUCUGCGGAGGAGAUGGUAGCAGCUGUCAAGUUGUCCAAGGAACUAUCGACAGCAAAGACUUUGACAUAGGUUAUAAUGACCUAUUGUUAAUACCGGUUGGAGCAACUUCCAUUCUUAUUCAGGAAGUAAACCCAAGUAAUAAAAAUUACUUAGCCAUUCGAAAUGCAGCUGGUGACUUUUAUUUAAACGGAAAUAGGAGAAUUGAAUUUUCCGGGGAAAGAGCGCUUGCUGGAACAAUAUUUACAUACGAAAGGAAACCUCAGGCUCAGGAAAUAUUGACAGCAAGAGGACCUACAACUGAACCUAUUUUCAUUGUAGUUCUUUAUCUAGAGCCGAAUCUAGGUAUCAGUUAUGAAUAUUACGUUCCUGCGAACUCUACUUAUCCAGAUAAUUAUAUUUGGGUGUUUGGUGAUUUUGAAGCAUGUUCACAAACAUGUGGUGGUGGUACGCAGGUUAGACCUGUUCGAUGCAUUCGCAAAAGCCACAGGGAUAUUGUUGAUGAUAAAUUAUGUGAUCCUGCACUGAAACCAGAUGUUAACAGUUCUUGCAAUAGUCAGGCCCUGUUCAGCAAUACAAUACUCGAUGCCUCUGGGUUGUGGAAUUUUCAGCAUCAUCUUCGCCGUCUGACCAUUUCCUCUUCACCGACAGGACAGUCUGCUGAUUCGCCGACCAACUAUGGUUGGAAAUUUGGACACUGGUCUGAAUGCACUCAAACUUGCGGAGGUGGUAGUCAGUUUCGUCUUGUGUUUUGUUAUCAACAUUUCGAGGAAAAUUCUAGCCUUGUAGAUGAAGAAAUGUGUCAAGAGUCAAAACCUAUUUUCAUGCGUGCCUGUAAUUUAGAUAGCAAAUGUCCUGACUGGGUGAUUGGAAAAUGGUCAGAGUGCGAUAGUCCUUGCGGUUCCGGAAAUCACACGCGAACCGUCGAAUGCAGAUCAAAAGAAAAUGAUGAAGUCAUAGAAGAAUCAUUGUGUGAUUCAGUCAGGAAGCCGACCGAUUUUCAGAAUUGUAAUCUUGGACCAUGUGAAGGAGUGGAAUGGAUAGUCUCUGAUUGGAGUGGGUGUGAAGGUUCUUGUAUCCUAAACGUGGAGUCCAGGGAAGCUCAUUGUGCAGAUGAAGAUGGUGUGGUAUUUCCAGAUGAUGCUUGUGAAGCUGGCAAACUCCCUGAACUUACUCGACCAUGUGUCUCUGAAGCAGAAAUGUGUGAGCCCAUGUGGCAUACUUCUCAAUGGACUGAGUGUUCUGCGAUAUGCGGAAAUGGAGUUCAGAGUAGAGUUGUAUUUUGUGGAGUAUGGCAUGAUGAAUCAGUUAUAAAGAUAGAAGAUAAAAGUUGUGAUCCAUUGAAGAAAUUUGAUGAAUUUCAAAAUUGCAGCUCUGCUCCGUGUGAAGGCGUAUGGUUUGCUGGGCCCUGGAGUAAUUGCUCUGUUCCUUGUGGAGGUGGCGAAAGAACUAGAAACACUGUAUGUUAUCAUGACGAUAGUGUUGAAGAUGUUAGUCUAUGUGAUCCUGCUGAAGAACCUUUUGAUAAAGAGACAUGCAAUAUGGCAUCAUGUGAGGAAGUUUCAGAAGUGUGCAGAUCCCCUAAAGAAGCUGGUCCUUGCAGAAAUUUCACAAUUAAAUGGUUUUUUGACAUAGCUUAUGGUGGCUGCUCAAGAUUCUGGUACGGAGGAUGUGAUGGCAAUGGUAACGUUUUUGCAUCAAAGGACGAAUGUGAAAACACUUGUGUAAAUCCUGAUGGUCCAGAAGCAUGUCUGUUGCCCCAAAUUGUUGGACCUUGUGGAGCAGAAAUUCCGUCAUGGUACUAUGAUCCUGGUUCAAAACGUUGUGAGCCUUUUAACUAUGGUGGUUGCCUUGGAAAUAACAAUAGAUUUGUUAGCAAAUUACUUUGUGAACAGAAGUGUAAUCAUCUUCAACCUGUCAAUGUAUGUAUGUUGCCUAAAGAACCUGGUCCUUGUUUAGGAUAUUAUAGAAUGUGGUAUUAUGAUAGCAUUUAUAAUAUAUGCAAAUCUUUUGUUUAUGGAGGAUGUGAUGGUAAUAAAAACAGGUUUGAAAAAAGAACUGACUGUGAACAACUAUGCGUUGAUAAAACUUCCAAAGAACCUGCCAACAUCCUAUCUGGUAAAAAUUUCAUUGAAGCUCGAAUUGGAGAAUCAGCAGAAUUGCCGUGCAAUGCUGUUGGAUGGCCAAAGCCUACAGUUACAUGGUGGCGGGAGACAAAAAUGUUGCCUUUGUCUAAUCGGCAGUAUGAACAAUUGGCAAACUACUCUUUGUUAAUAAGAUCAGUUGUUUAUGAAGAUAAGGGAGAGUACUCAUGCCAUGCAUUCAAUGGUAUUGGUUCUGGUUCCAUAUAUAAAGUGACAUUAAUCCUUGAAUUGCAAUCAGUUCCACAUGCACCUAAUAAUGAAGAUGGUGAACACAGUACCACAGAUGAGCCAUUAGCCACAUAUGAUGGACCAAAGUACCCAGAUGAUGCCAGGUGAGAUAGUAGUUCCCUGUCGCUUUCAGUAUCGUCACUCCUGUUGUUUCAAAAUCAGGGUGCUGAAACAGGAAAAUGAACGAUUGUUUACUUUUCCAGCAUUUCGUCAAACUCAACUAAAAGAUUCAUUUUUUAAACAUCAAUCUAUAGUAAAAUUAUGUAUAAUAAUUAGUAUUAAAAGUUAUUUACACCAGAA